AACCAACCCAAAUACAUCAAUGUCAGGGUCUUGCUUCUUCUUUAUGAUCCCCGACCUCUGCCCGUCCACGCUGCACAGCCACACGGCCCAAUUGAGCAGUGAAGAAAGGGAGAAAGCUAGGGCAGAGACGAUCGAAUUACUAAGAACAAUGCCUUGGCGACAAGAAAUUCUUCGCCGGAGAGGAGAUCUGCGCGGAUUUGGAGUUCGGAGGAAUUGUGCAAGCGAUGAAUUCCCUCGCUUGUACGUUUGGACCCAUAACUUAAAGAAAGCUGCUCUGAUCAGAGAUAACCUGCCGGACGCCGACAAGUUGGCCGGGAUAUACAAGCGCCUGUACGAGCAGCGGCAGUGGAGAAUUCUAACUUUUGACUACUCGUGUUAAUAAUGGCUUGAAUAUUGU